UUAUUAUAUUUGGUAUAUUAUAUUAUUUGUUAUGGAUAUUAGCGAAUAAUAAAAAGAAAACGACAUUUCUCUACUGUAAAUAUAAAUGUUUUAUACAUUCUGCGAUUCAACAUGUUUCCGUGUUUCUAAUUAAUUAUUUCAAAACUAUCGUUUCGAAAUCGAUGUACCAUUAUGUUUGCGAUGUACCCACAGUCGGUUCAUACAACGGCUGAAAAACUUCUGAAAGCAUUGAACUGCUUGUUGGUUGAAAACUUUACAAUACAAGAUAAAACCUUAUUGGAGAAACUCUUGACUGGCUUACAGAAUGCGGACAUACUAUUGAAGACCAUACCGACCAGUACACAUUGCAAAUGGUUUGCUAAUGUCUUGGAUUUGUAUCAACUGCAAAAAAAGGCAUCUAAAAACCCAUCAAUACAUUUGUAUGUUUUUUCUCUAAAAUACUUGGCCAUAUUAGUUAAAAGUAAUGACAGACUCGAUGAGCUUAUUAAAACGCAUACUAUUCGAUUGAUAAUCAAUAAUCUAGAUGUUGAAUUUAAUUUAAAAGAGUCUUCAAUUUUUAAUGCUUAUAUGAAAUUAUUGCAAACAUUGAAUACUCAUAAACAAGGUGUUGAGUAUAUUUUCCAAGAAGGUUUGUGGAAAAUUAUACCUUUUGCUAUAGAUGGAUUAGUUGUUCCUGCAAAAUACAUUGAAAUUCAGUCAAGCCAAUACAUCGCUGAACUAAUUUAUAGAUCAUUUGAGUAUGGAAUAGCACACUAUUGUGAGCCUUUACUCAAAGUACUGUUUUUUAACGUUGAUAAAAUAAAUUAUAGCAUAAUUGCUAAUCGUCACAUAAAAGAUUUUGUAGUACUUAAUGUUUAUCUAAGAACAUUAAUUUUAAUUUUAGAAAAAUUCAUUGGGACUAUGUAUGAGUCUGAUGUAUGUCAAUUAAUAAUUUUUAAGUAUUCUUUAUCAAAUAUAUUAAUACAAAUUAAAAAAAUAUUCAAUAUUUAUCCUAUGAUAUUAAAUAAUUAUAUUAUAUUACAUUUGCUAUUUGAUUAUUUCACGGUUUGGCACCAAUCUGAAUCCCAAUACAUAUUAAAAAAUAUAUUUUCUUAUAUGAAUAUACCAAAAGAUGUGCAAUUGUAUAAACAAAUUAGCAAUUUAUAUAUACAAGCAAUUAAAUAUGUACAUAUCAGUAACACUCAAUUGGUUGUUAAUGCGGCAUUUGAAAAAGAAUUAAUUAUUGGCCAGCUAAUUCCUUUAAGGAAAUGCACAGAAUGGCUAAAGUGUUCUAAAUAUGAAAAUUUAGAUUGUAGUGACAUUAUUGAAUCAAAAUAUAUUCUGAAUUAUUGUAAUAAUCAUGAUUCUAUAAUGAAUGAAAUGGCUAUUUCUUCUAUUCUUAACAUUUUAGAUAUUGUUCCUAUACUUAAACAGAAUUCAUUGGAUUAUUUAGUCGUUUUUUUUUCAAAAUUAUUAGAUCAAUUUUUAAAUUCUGAAAGUUGGCUUGAAGAACAUCAAGAUCAAAAUUCAAUAAAGAACAAAUUCUUAGAAAUAUUAUCAUAUGUGUUUUUAUGUUGGACUAAAAUAUUAGAGUGUAAACUAUAUAUUGAAAAUGAUACACAGAAUUCAUUUUUAGUGCCACUUGUUCAAUGUCAUAGUCAGUUUUUUCAUAAACCUUGCCACAAUUCUACUCUUUUACAGAAUGGCUUGAAGUUAAUCAGUACAGCUAUUAAUACAAUUAAUCAUAGAAAUGUGCAACAUACUGAUCAACAGAUAGAUUUUGAUAAACUAUGUAAUACACUCAAUGAUUUUCUGUUGGAUACCAGACCAGAAAUUCGUGAUAGUAGUUUACAAUGCAUUACUAGCAUAGCAGUUGCUGCGUCUAAAUCCAGUUUUGGACAAGUUUUUAUUCAACUUUUGUUGAAAAUAGAUUUACCUACUGCUGUUUUCAACACUCUUAAACAUGACAAUGAUCCAUUUGUUAGAUCUAAAGCACUUGAAUGUUUAGAAAAAAUGGUUUCCAUAUUAGAAAUUUGGGAAUCAUCUUUAAAAGAGUCUGAUUUAAUAACCCAUUGUUUAAAUUUAAUGCAAUUUGAAUCUGAAGGUAUCAUUAGACGACAGAUAGUUAAGCUCAUCACUGCUUUAUUCUUCCAUAAUGAGCAGCUCAGUGAUGAUUUGCGCAAUGACAUUUAUAUAGUAAUGGUACAUGUUAGCACUAAAGAUCCACUUUGGGAAGUAAAAGCAUUCACUUAUGACUUUUGGGAUUCAGUUAUUCAAACUAUGAUGAGAAAAUUUAGUAAACAAAAUAACUCUGAAAAACUAAAUGAUAAUAUUUUUUUAUUAAAUGAAUUGAGUUCUAUUGGUUGUUUACAUGUGUUUUAUGUUGCAUUAAAAGAAGAACAUGAUUUAGUUGUUCAAAAAAAAGCAAUUUGUCUAACAAAGAAAAUACUGUUUUCUGUAAAUUCUACUGAUUUUAAACUUAUGAACAAGUCGGUAAAUUGUUUGAAUAGUAUGGAUGUUGUCUUAGAAAAUUCUACUGAUCAUAAGAUAAAAAAAUCUAGACAAGUUGAUUCGGCAAACAGAGUCUUGAGUUCUAUUACAACAUCAAAUGAUUGUGAAUUAUUAUCAAACUUAAAAAUUGAGCAUCAUAAUAGUAUAUAUCCUGAUGAAACGUGUAUUCGUCUUAAAUCUGACAUCUAUAUAUCAACAGCUGAGUUCUUAAAUUUCACUUCUACUUAUGAUUUUGAUAACUGUGAUACUAAAACACAAUUGGUUAUAUCAACUAGAUCUGGGUUAAACUCUAUGCUGGAUGAUAUAAUUGAUCAAUCAUUAAAUUGUUUUAUUGACGGAGCAGAUCUUUUAGAUUGCCAUUGAUUAUAUUUUGUAUUAAUCAUUUUUAUUUAUGUUUAACUAUUGUAUAUUUAUUAUAUGCUUUUAAUUUUUCAUGUAAAAUGUCUUUGUAAAUGUGGAUAAUUUAUAUUUAUUACUUCCUAAGGUUUUAUGAAUUAGAAUUUUGAAUGACUCAAAUUAUAUAUGUUACAAAUUUUUAUUGGUACUAA